AUGGUAACUGGCCAUUGGUUACACGAGCGGGACNGUUGUUUUCUGUCCACAAGGUGCUGUCACAAGCAUGACUGUUGCUAUGGGAAGGCUGAGGAUCUGGGUUGUCAGACCAAGACGGACAAGUACCAGUGGACCUGUGAGAACAAGAUGUCCAACUGCGAGUCCCUCAAGAACAGGUGUGACAAGAUUCUGUGCAGGUGUGACCGGGAGGCAGCCAGGUGUCUGAGGAGAGCUCCCUUCAUCCUUAAAUACGCUGUCUGGCCUGACUUCAUGUGUGGAUACGAACAGCCCUCCUGUACCCGUCGCUGAUGCUGUUACACUGUGUGUGUGUGUGAGAGACUAGAGUUCUCUCAGGUUUGUCCUGGCUAGUGGUGUGUGUAUAAUAAAGACCUACAGUACUUGACUGUACCCACUGCUCAUGUGAUUCAUGGGUCUGAUUAACAGUGUGAUUUUAUCACCAUGACAGACCUGGUGGGGGUGUACCAUUAAGUCCAUGACUGAGGUCUCAAACAGCAGCUCUAUAAACAGGUUGUAGACUGACAUUUUCAAUGUACAAAGAAAACAGUAAGGACAUUAUUCUAAUGGCGUGUGUGUGUUAGAAUCCCACAGCAAUAUGACGACAUUGCUCCAAAACAAAGCCAUCAAAUUGUUGGCGUGUGCAUGUUAGAAUCUAAUGGCGUGAUUUCAUCUGUAGGCCUAAAAGAAAAAUACAAUAAUCUCAUUUCAUCUGUAGGAAAAAUCUUUGGAACAAACAAAGUUUCAUCCCAUUCUUAAAAUAAAAAUAAAAGUAUUUUAUUAAUUUGUUUGCUAAGUCUAAGAAACCAUAACAACCCAGCAUCAGAGGGAAUCAGUCAAAUCAAAUGUUGUUUGUCACAUUCACAUAUUUAGCAGAUGUUAUUGUGGGUGUAGCAAAAU